AUGAGCUCGGAACACGCUUAUCCUGGCUUUGGCGCAGCGGAUGACGCAAGUGCACCUUCAACUACCGGACCGCUUCCUUCAAGUUCCACAACCGACACCACGGCCGUACAGGAAGCCGCUGCCGAUCAGCAGAAAUCCGGGCCUGGAAAUGAAAGAGUUUACUUGGCUUGUCAGCAAUGCCGUGUGCGCAAAGUCAGAUGCGAUGGCUUCAAACCGAGAUGCUCAACAUGCAUUAGACGGAAAUCACCGAAAUGCGAAUAUGACGCUGUUCCCAAACGGCGUGGUCCUGACCGUAUCCCCAGAGCGAGACCAGGCCAGAUCCGCUUUCUGCUGCUCGGGACGCAGCCUGAGAAUGUUCAGAAAGUCUCGUCAAGAUCUACUAGGACGAAGGGGGCUGACCUUAGUAAGGGUCUGCCCAAACCAGAGAAGGUAUUGGGCGACGCUUCAGGAAUUGAGCUGCGGAAUGGCGGUGCCGCUAUGUCGGAGAUCAAGGCUUCCACGCCAGCGUCUGGGUCUGCAUCUGUUUCUCAGGUUGUGCCUGAAAUGAAUAACUCGCUGGGUGCCCUCAAUUGGCCCCCUGACGAACAUUCUUUGAUGAGCGGAACGAACAUUCCAUUGACCACCACCACCAGGUUCGGUUUAGGCCCGAUGCUGACACAUAACGAUCAUUUAGCCCGUGGGUCUUCAUUUGUUGGUCCGGACAACACCGCGGCGACUCUUCAAUGGAGAGCAUGUACAGCAUCUCAAGUUAAUCCUUCCCCUCUGCGCGGCCACCAAUCCCCUAUGAACCAACUCGACUGUGAACUGCUGCAACCCAUCUCUUCCGUAUCCUACUCGGAUAAUGCUUCUGAUAAUUUGCUUUCGUCUGACAGGCCUUCACCUGCGUAUCUAUUAAGUACUCAGCAAGCUGGUGGCCUGAGUAAUUACGUGUCUAACCCUUCUGCAUCUGCAUCUCGUAUGACUAUUUUAACAUCAGAGCUGAACUCCCAGCUUAGCAAGGCGGAUGACCAAGCUGCGCUUGUCAAUGUUCUGCUCCUGGCACCACCGGUUGCUUCUGCCUCAGUUAUGGAUCAAAGUGGCUUGUCGGUGAGGAAACUGACGGACUUCGCCAAUGCAUCCGCUCAAGACUGGAGUGGAGCCGUUUUUGGUCCCUCGUCUUCGCACAUGCACCUACCCUCGGAUGUGCCAAAUUUGGCUUUCCAGCAUGGUCACGUCCCAUCAUCCUCAACAUACUCGUUGGUGGCCACUCGACCAAACACUCAGAGCGUUACCGAACACAUCAUCGGUGCUAUUGAAAAGGCAGGAAGCUAUGACCCGGUCACACUAGGGGAUGGAGAGGUAACGGGUAUUCCCCUAAGAAGGGAACGGGAUAGCGGGGGAUGGAAUUGA